AUGGAAAUUUUCUCCCAGCUCCAUAAUGUGUGUGAGGGCAUCGCGAAAGCCGGAGAACCAAACAAUAUUUCACCUGUAACACCUGCACAUGUAUAUAUGGAUCCAGCCAUUCAUGCCACACUCAGACGAAAACAACGACGACUAGCACGCGAGAAUCCCGGUGUACUGGCGGCUAUCGCAAAAGGUGCAAACAUGGCAAUCGCCGAAUGUCAACAUCAAUUUAGAAAUCGUCGGUGGAAUUGCUCAACGCGAAACUUCCUACGAGGAAAAAAUCUUUUUGGCAAGAUUGUUGAUCGAGGUGAGUACAACAAACAAUAA